GGGGGGGGAACCAUUCUGCGUGGUAUGGGAUGAGGUGUCAGAGGGGGUGUACCAUUCUCUACGCUAUUGGGAUUGUUCAGAGGGCAUGUACCAAUCUCUGUGGGGGAAUCAGUUGGAGUGGUCCUCUCCUUGUUUGUCUGUUGGGUGGAACGUGCCAUUCUCGGUGCAGGGGGGGUGCACGGGGGAAUGUACCAUUCUGUGUGCCCCUGAAGGGGCCAUUGUGCCACCUCAGGACGUGCCCAGCACAGAGCCAUCAUGUAGCAUCCAAACAGGGUGACCUCACGUCAAGGCUGCACAAAGCAAUGCAAGGGCCCCAAGGUGGGAUCAUGCCCCAUUGAGAUGCCAUCAUGGCCCUACCGCAUGCUGAGCCUGGGGCCAUGGAAGUGGAUUUCAAGUAUCACCAACCUCAAGCCUUCAAAACCAUGAGUCAGCCUUCAGAAGCGUAAGACUGAGUUAAAAACAAUACACUUGGGGCUCUUCUGGUUCAUGUUUGCCCUCUUUUCUCCACAACUAUGAGAUAAAGGCCGAGAGUCUCACAGUAAUCUCAGCACUCCAAGAUCUGAGGCUUCAAGAAGAAUACCAAAUAUUGUGAUACCUGUGACAAGUCACAAGAGUUACAACACUGCAUCACAUCAAGAUCUUGAUGAGCCUCAAACAGAGCAAUGAGAUAUCAAGAAAGCUGGGUCGUGUUGUACUCAAACAUCACUGUGACCCACAAGAUGCUGAAAUGUGGCUCUAUUUCACAGGCCCCAACAGAUGUUUUGUCACCCUUUUUAUCAGAGACAGAGGAGCUGUCCCCCACCCACAGGAGGAGAAAAUUAAUCUACCCAGAAUAACAGGUGAAAUGUUGUCAGAAGGCAAAGAACAAGUAGGAGACACCCCCACUGUCCAGUGGGUCAGUGAUAUGGAGACCAAGCUGCUGACUUCCCUUGAUUAUACAGAAGGGUGUAUAAUGCAGCUAAUCAAUCUCUGCACACCUCUUGUGGAACACAGAAGGAAAAAGAGGGGGAAAUCAAUUGUUCCCAAAACUGGCAUGUGGAGAGCAUGGCGAGAAAAAGUUGCACAGAAACCUCAGGAAGCCCAGCCCUUGAGCCCUGAACAAAUGCUAGAAGAUGAAUCUGUAACUUUCUCCAGGACUUCUGAGCUCCUUACCAUGUUACAGGAAUUUGUAGGGUCAACACUGUUCAACAAAGCAGAAGUUGUUGUUGUUAAAUAUAUAGUGACAAUGGUGGCCAAUCUCACCAAAGCCUUCACUCUGCUAACCAAACAGUUCCGUGGCCUGCAAGCAAAGUAUGAUACCUUAGCAUCCCAGGAGUCCAGGAAGCAGGAAGUUCAGUAUGUGAACCUUCAAAAGGAAGUACAGGUGCUUAAUGAGAAAAAGGCAUCUUUGGAGGCUCAAGUCCAAAGCACUGAACACAAAUACAAGAUGCUUUUCAUAGCAAAUGAGGCAAUGCAAAAAGAACUGCACAAGGUGGAGGAAAAAGCAGCAGUAAAGACAGAACCGUCUUUAAGAGACAUGAAAUUUGGGGUCAGGGCUUCUUAUGAAAGGAAAUCCCAGGAAGAUGAUAAACAUCUGAGUAGGGAAAAGGAUGCGAAGCUGUCAGCUGAAAAAUCCCAGGCAGCCCUUGCUAAAUCCCCCAGUGGGAAAAGGGAGGCAAAGAUACCAGAUAAAAAGCUGUUUCAGAGACCAUUGGUAGAGAGAACAGAAGACACCGGUGACAAACAGGAUGCAAAGCUUCUAGAUAAAAAGCUAUUACAGAAAGUCUUGGUAGAGAGAGGUGAAGGCACCAGUGACAAACAGGAUGCAAAGCUUCUAGAUAAAAAGCCAGCACUGAAAGUCUCGACAGAGAGAGGUGAAGACACCAGUGACAAACAGAAGGCACAGAAAGCCCCAGUAGAGAGAACUCAAGACACUGUUGUCAAAUGGGAUGCAGUCAUCCCAGUGGAAAAACAAGAAGAGACUUCAGGAGACCUGGCUGGAAGAUGGCAUGAACAACCUCUGGACAGUGAGCAAACAGAGGCUGCUGACAAAUGGGAUGUGAACCUCCUGGGUGGAACCCAGGAAGUUGUUGAAGAUGUCACUGGUGAGUGGCAUGAGAUCCUGCCAGAUGAUCAUGAGCUCAAGGCUGACAGUGAAGAAGAAAUGGAAAGGCUCCCAUCCCCAACAGAGCUCCCAUGCCAAGGGGUCUCUAGGAAAGGAAAGCAGAGGAGGAGGAAGGAAAGCCUGGACACUGAGGAGACACAUACAAAAAUAUCUCAGAGCCCUAUCAGCAGAAGCAUGCUGGACCCAUCCACUGCACUGUAUGGGUUUAAUUCAGCUAUCCUGGCUUAUCUGGAGCAGAAGACGGAGAAGCUAUGGAAAUGUCCCUCUCCUGGGAAGAGACAAGCAGAGAGGAUGCUGCCCAAGGACCCAGAAGCCCAAAGGCUCUACAUGGCCUUGGAGAGGAAACUGGAAGAAUUCUUCUCAAAAAUGAAGAUAAAAUAUUCCAGCAGCUUAGAGGAGCAGAAGCUUCCAAGGAGCCUGGAGUUGACUGAAGAGCGUGAGGAGGAGGCAAAGCCACCCUUGGAGGCUCUUCCUGGAAUGUUCAUUCCAGGGAAAGAAGUUCCUGGUCCCUCCAUCCAGUUGAGUGACCCUGACAGUUCCUUUUUGGAGUCCAAAGUUCCUGGGAUCUCACAAUGGGGACUCCCUGCAGCCCUGUUGAAGGAACCUAAUAUCUCAGCACAUUUUCAAUUUCCCAAGCAAUGGCAGCAGCAAUGGCAGCGACAACAGCAGGAGCAAUGGCAGGAGAAGGAAGAGGAAUGGUUUAAGAAGGUACAGAAGGAGCAGCAGUAUCAGAUGCAAUGGCCGUCACCACAGCCUGAGGAGCAGCUCCAGCAGCAGCUGCAAGGGGUAAAGGAGAAGGUAGAGGUGGAGCAGCAGGAAGAGCAUCAGUUUGAGGAGCUGCAGCCACAGCAGGAGCCACUGCAGGAAGGGCAGGAAGAGGAGCAAACGCAGUGGAAGAAGCAGCUGGAGGAACAAGCAGAGGAGCAGAGACUGAGGCAGCAGCAGCUGGAGCAGCAGCAGAGGCUCUAUCAGCAGUGGCAGGAAGAGCAGCAGGAAAAG